AUGGAAUCCUAUCAUGAUUUCAUAGUUGUUGGAGAAGCAGGCGGUCCGAACGAGGAUCAGGCCCUGCGCGUAGACGGCCGGCGGUGGCUCAACUUUAAGAAUGAAGAAGCCAACUGGAAUUACCAGACGACGCCCCAAGAGCACUGCAACAAUCGUGUCAUCGACUAUUCACGAGGAAAAGGACUUGGCGGCUCCUCGGCGAUCAACUUCGGUGUCUUCAGCGUCGGGCCCAAGGACGACUAUGACGAGUGGGCCCGCAUCACAAACGAUGAUGCCUACGGCUGGCAAGCGAUGCAAGCCCGAUUCAAGCGCCUCGAGUCGUUCCACGGCAGCCCCCCCACCGGCAUCGACGCAAAGUACGUCUCACACAAGGCUGAAAAUCAUGGUACCUCCGGACCACUGCAUGUUGGCUACGCAGCCGAGUGGGAGAGAGAUUUGACCCAUUUGCUUGACGUGUUCGAGAAAGCCGGCUACCCGCUGAAUACCGAUCACAAUUCCGGCAAUCCACUCGGCGCAUCAGUUGUGAUUAACUCCAGCCAUGCCGGACGUCGCACAAUGGCUCAGGAUAUGUUGACGCCUGGCCUCGAAAACCUCGACGUGCUUACCGGAAGGCCUGUGCAGCGGCUCAUUCUCGAUGGCACCAAAGCCAUUGGCGUAGAAGCAAACGGAAUCAAGUACUUCACUACUCGUGAGGUUAUAGUGUGUGCUGGAGCCAUGGACAGCCCGAAGAUACUCAUGCAUAGCGGACUUGGUCCUCGGAAGCAGCUUCAGAGCUUCGGAAUACCUGUCGUGGCUGAUGUGCCAGCUCUCGGACAAAAUCUACGCGAUCACAUGUUCUGUCCUCUCGCAUUCUCUCGUGUGGAGGGAGAUACCGAUCGAGCUUUUUUCUACGGAGAUCAAACGGCCAUGGAUGAGGCAACCAAGCAGUGGGAGGAGAGCGGCACAGGAGGCUGGUCAAAGUUUGCCUGCGAACUUGGCAUUGGUUGGUUCAAGUCCCAGGGUUUGGUGCAAUCGAAGGAGUUCGACGCGCUUCCAGCCGACGAAAAGGCCUACCUGAACAAGGCAACGAUCCCGCAUUUCGAGAUUAUCAGUCACUUUCCCAUACACUGGUUCAUCCCGGACUUUUCAAACGACAGGCUCAACUAUUCCAACUUCUUAGUCUUUCACCAGAAUGCGCUCAGCAAGGGCGAGGUCACACUUCAGUCUGCCGACCCGGGCGUUCCUCUCAAACUGGAUCCAAGGUAUCUGGAGUCACCGUUCGAUCACCGGGUUGCAAUAGAAGCACUGCGAGAAACACUCAAGCUUUGCAAACACGAGAGCUAUGCCAAAAAUACUACUGGCAUCAUCAUCGGUCCGUCAGGAGAUUCGGAUGAAGAGCUGCUUGAAUACUGGAAGGCCGCCGGAUCUACAUGUUGGCAUAUGACUGGCACUGCAAAAAUGGGAGCCCCGGAAGAUAGUGGCACAGUUGUUGACCAUGACUUCCGGUUCGUGGGCAUUCAGAACUUGCGCGUUGCUGACAUGAGUGUCGUGCCGACUCUGCCAAACUGCCACACGCAGGUUGUGGCCUAUUUGACUGGGGCUACGUGCGCGGACAAGUUGGUUGAUGAAUAUAACUUGUCGAAGCUUGUAGACCCAAUUCGUCUCUCAACAUCCUGCUCUGGCGGAAUUGCUCUGGCGAAGGCAAUCACGUCUCUAUGA